AUGAUGCUCAGGAUUAAGAGGGUUCCAACUGUUGUUUCGAAUCACCAGAAGGAUGAGACGGAAGAGACUGCUCGCCGUAGCGGUGGAUGUGGAAAUAACUGCCUUAGAAGCUGCUGCAUUCCAAGAGCAAAGCUUCCUUUAUAUGCUUUCAGGAAGCCGAAUAAGAUUGAUGGUGGAAAAGAUGUACUUGCAAUUGAGGACAACGAGCCCCCUGUUGCUUUUCUCGAAUCGUUCAUUCUUGGGGAGUGGGAAGAUCGCAUGCAAAGAGGGCUUUUUCGCUAUGAUGUUACUGCCUGCGAAACUAAGGGCCGCCACCUGAAGAAGAGGCCAACUGAAUUCCGUGUUGAUAAGGUUCUCCAACCCUUUGAUGAGAACAAGUUCAACUUCACCAAGGUCGGGCAAGAAGAGGUUCUCUUCCAGUUUGAAGCAAGUGAAGAUGGUGAAGUUCAGUUCUACCCAAGUGCUCCCAUCGAUGUUGAGAAUGUUCCAAGUGUUGUUGCCAUAAAUGUAUGCUAG